GCCUCACCUCCUCCAAGAUGCGGCGGAUACCCUCGGUGGGGGCGUCGCUGUAGUUGAGCGGAUCCUCCGAGAGCAGCUUCAGCACCCGGACCUUCCCUCCAGGGCACCGGGCGAAGACGUCGGUGAAAGUACCCCCGCGGUCGAUGGCAAACUGGAACUUGCCGGCGCCUGCCGCAGCCAUGGCCAAGACGGGCUCCCGCCUGCCCUGUGGGCGCAAGAGGAGGUCGAGUGGCCGGCUGGAUGGCGGAGGAGCAAUGGGACGCAGGACACCGGGGUUCCUAGGAGGAGGGGUCCGGCUGCGCUGGAGACGGGGCUGGUGACAGCCUUUCCAGUCCGGAGUGGGCGCCCCGGAGACUCGCUCGACGGCGCAGCAGCAGCCUUGCGAAGAUCGGCUCGGCGGCGCGCCCCUCCCCGGGACCUCCGCUGUGGGAGCUCCUCCUGCGACGUGCGGGGGGCGGCGGCUCCGCGCCCCGCCUAACUUGUUGGACGGGUUCGGUUAGGGGGUUGGAGAGAGACCGCUGCCGAGACGAGGGCAAAUCCCCUCCCGCAGCUCCUGCGAAACUGAGCCCGCAAGGGGUUCAAAGGGGUCACCGAGCAAAGGCCUUGGCGGGGGCAGCCCUCAGCGCUCCCCUCGGCGGGGCCAAGCGAUAGGGAGGGGGCUUUGCUCCGCAGCUUCUAAGGAAACCAAGCGCGCCCCGCCUCCAUUCCCCCCAACAGAAAAUUCAGGCGCUGGCGACGGCCGUCCCGCAUCUCAUCCUGAGAGGGAAGGUGGGGAGGCGACGCCGCGCGCCCCGAGGGCCCCGCUGGCUUCCUAGACGUUUCCUGGCAGCAUCACUUCAGUGCGCGCUCCCGCGAAGAGACGCAAUCGCGUCUCCUUGGCAGGGUGCAGAACUCCAUGCCCGCCCUGCGGGCUCCCGCCUGCCGUUGCAACCGCUUGCCGCGCGCGUGCGGAAGCCAGGCGCGUCUUGCGCGGCAAACGGGCACGCGGCGGCCAAGUCCCCGGAGGGAGGCGGGCCCUUGAAGGGGCGGAGCGGCGGCGGCUCUCGGCCUAGCAGAGCACGUCGGGAGACUCCGCCUCCGCCACUCGGCGGGGAGUAUGGCCGGGCUGGAGCUGCUGUCGGAGCAGGGCUACCGCGUGGACGGGCGCCGCGCCGGCGAGCUCCGCCAGAUCCGCGCCCGCAUGGGCGUCUUCGCGCAGGCCGACGGUUCCGCCUACCUGGAGCAGGGCAACACCAAGGCCCUGGCCGUCGUCUACGGGCCCCACGAGAUGCGCGGCUCCCGCAGCAAGGCCCUGCACGACCAGGCCUUGGUCAACUGCCAGUUCAGCAUGGCCACCUUCAGCACGGGCGAGCGCAAGCGGCGGCCCCACGGCGACCGCAAGGCCAGCGAGAUGACCCUGCACCUCAAGCAGACCUUCGAGGCUGCCAUCCAAACGCAGCUCUACCCCCGCUCCCAGAUCGACAUCUAUGUCCAGAUCUUGCAAGCAGACGGCGGGAACUAUUGUGCCUCCGUGAAUGCAGCCACACUGGCAGUCAUCGAUGCUGGCAUCCCUAUGCGGGACUAUGUGUGUGCCAGCUCAGCUGGCUUCAUUGAAGACACACCCUUGGCUGACUUAAACUAUGUAGAGGAGGCAGCCGGUGGCCCCCAGCUGGCCUUGGCGCUGCUGCCCAAGUCAGACCAGAUUGCAUUGCUGGAGAUGAAUGCCCGGCUGCAUGAGGACCACCUGGAGCGCACCAUGGAGGCUGCCAGCAAGGCCUGCAAAGAUGUCUAUGCUGUGCUUGACCAGGUGGUGCGGGAACAUCUGCAGGAGGUCACUGCUUUGCUAGGCAAGUGAGCACCCUCCCCUCUGCCUGGCAGGGCUCGAGGCUGCGGCUCCCGUUGCCCCAGUGGGAGGAAAGGCCUCUGCGACUGCUGAUGGUCUUGUCCCCCUUUGCUUGCUUCAGGUGGUAAACCUGGCAAUGUGGAUGUCUGACUGUGUGUGUUGCAUUACCUGUGGCGGUUUGCACUAAGCAUUUUUGUAUAGAAUUUCUUCCUUUUUACACAUCAAAGAAUAAAUAUACUUCCAAAGA